CUGCUCCGCACGCCUGCUUUUCUGUCCGAAACACACCACUUUAAUCACGGCGCAUCAAACGCCCCCACACUCAAAACAUUGAUCAUCAUGUCACAACCCCAAUCAACAGUGACCCUCUUCCUUCUCGCUGCCUCACCGGGCCCGGCACGCGCCAGCCAGUCGUCGUUCUUCGCUGUUGCCUGUCGUCGCUCAAGGCGACAAAGGCCCCAUCAAUCCGACGCAGAGCUGGACGCUCCAAGGCUGGAUCCAGUGGCGAUGGCAUGUGGAGGUGUAGAGUCACCUCUCCGUGGCCCCAAGCGAGCCCGUUCAUCACAUCCCUACGCGCGGCCAGAACAACCUGUAAAACGCCGGGCACUCAGCUUAACCCUUGGUCUCAAUCUCAAUUUUGCGCUGUCGGAAAUGGACCAAGACGCCUCGUUCUCUUCGCUUUCAUUCGAACCUCUCCCACCAGACUGUGAACCACCACCACCUUCCGGUGCACCGUUACGAGCUGAUGACCCUGCUCUUGCUCCCUAUCUAUCUUCCCAGCCCUCCUUCUCGUUACUCACAUCAAACAUCGCCAUUGGGGAUCUUGCCUUCGCAGAAGAUGUUGACAGCCUCGAGCGGGAAGGUAUCACCCAUGUGGUCAGUGUUAUCAGUGAACGAGUGCAUGUCCCGGACUGCAUACCAGAAACAAAUCGGCUUCACAUACCCCUCCCUGACGCCCCGUUCGCCGAGCUUGUCGGAGCCCUGGAGCCGGUGUUGGACUGGGUCAAGUCGGCGCUGGCUUCCGAAAAAGAAACCCCAGUGAGGAUUCUGAUCCAUUGUGCGCACGGCAUAUCGCGUAGUCCAGCGAUUGGCGCCGCCUUACUUGUGGCUCUACCCCUUAUCAGGGACUCACCACUGUCCGCAGUUGCUGCACUGCAAUAUGUUCAAGAACGACGGCCGCCUGCUGACGUUAAUUGGGGUUUUCGUGCGCAGUUGGGCGAGUGGGAGGAGAUGUGCCGUAGUCGCGGUCUCUGA